AUGCAGUCAGUGGACACUCCGGUGCUGGCCAAGGCGCCCGCUGUGGCGCUGUUCGCGGACAGGAUGGGGGACGGGGUGAACCAGAGCGGCUGGCCGACGGCGAACAGAAGUUUGGCAGAGCAGCACAAGUUCAGCAGCCUGGAGGACAUCGACGUGUCGGCGGACAGCAGCCCCGCGCUGAGGAUCAUCAUCUCCACCGUGUACUCGGCCGUGUGCGCCGUGGGGCUCGUGGGCAACCUGCUGGUGUUCCUGCUGAUGAAGAUCAAGCAGGGGCGCAAGACGAACGCGGUGAACUUCUUCGUGGUCAACCUGGCGGUCACGGACUUCCAGUUUGUGCUCACGCUGCCCUUCUGGGCCGUGGACACGGCGCUGGACUUCAGCUGGCCCUUCGGAGACGCCAUGUGCAAGAUCAUCCUCUCGGUCACCGUGAUGAACAUGUACGCCAGCGUCUUCUUCCUCACGGCCAUGAGCAUCACGCGCUACUGGGCCGUGGCCUCCGGGCUGAAGCGCCGUGGCGCGCGACGCAGCGCGGUCUCCGUGAAGUGGGUGUGCGCCGUGCUGUGGGUUUUGGCCACCGUGGCCACGGCGCCCACCUCCGUCUUCUCCACCGUGACGGUGGUGGCGGGAGAAAAGCUCUGCCUCCUCAGGUUCCCGGAGGGCCAUCGCUGGCUGGCGUUGUACCACCUCCAGAAGAUCCUGGUCGCCUUCAUCCUGCCCAUGACCAUCCUCUCCAUCUGCUACCUGCUGCUGCUGAGGUUCAUCCGCCGCAGGGGCAUGAAGAGCAGCCGCCCGAGGAGGAGAUCCACCGUGACCAAGUCGGUGACGGUGGUGGUGCUGUCCUUCUUCAUCUGCUGGAUGCCCAACCACGCCAUCACGCUGUGGGGCGUCCUGGUGAAGUUUAACGCGGUCUACUGGGACAAAACGUAUUACCUGGUCCACACCUACGUGUUCCCGCUGACUGUGUGUCUGGCUCACGCGAACAGCUGUUUGAACCCAGUGCUGUACUGCUUAAUGCGCAGAGAGUUCAGGAAGAUGCUGAAGAAGCUCUUCUGGCGCUUCUCCUCACCUGCCAUGUCCGGCGGAGGCGCAGCCAUGAACCCGGAACGGGACGAUGCGCGCGCUCGAAUCCCUUUAAACACUAUCGACACCGAAGUCUGUCACAUAUCCAGCCCGCCUGCACAGCUGCUGCCAUCGAUCGCUCCGUAUCCCUCUCACCACCACCGCGCGCUCUCGGACUAA